CGCAAAUAAGGACAGUAAAAAACCCCGAGCGAUUAACAAUAAUUAUACCGGAAGAUCCGAAUCCACCGCGUUUACGCCACCGUCAUCAGCCCAUCACCAAGCAGCCACUGCCAUUCCUGUUCUGUCUUCCACUCCCCCUCCCAAUUAUUUAAUCAUAGAUUCACUCGUUUCCUUUAUUUCGCCUUUCCCACUCCAAGCUUGGCUUGCUUUCAUAUUGCCCUUUUAAAACGGCCACUUCGUUCUUAUGAUCCUUCACUCCACUUACUAAUCUAGUAACCUCACACUCACUCUCUGCUUGCCUCCUCCUACUGCUAAAACUAGUGCAGAAAGGGGAAAGACCCCAGCUUUCAGGGGAGCUCCCAGAACUAAUACAAUGGGCAUCAAGGAUAAUCCGAAUGGGAUCAGAUCGCGAAGUCCGAUAUCGAUAUUCCUUGUCUUGUGCUUGUGCUGUUUCUUUUACCUCUUGGGGACAUGGCAGAGAAGCGGGUUUGGCAAAGGAGACACCAUAGCUAAGCAGAUAGCUCAACAAGAAGACUGUGAUGUUGUGAAAAAUCUGAACUUUGAAUCACAUCACAGUAUCGAGAUAGUCGAGCAGUCCAAAGUCGUGGGCAAGGUGUACAAGCCGUGUGAUGUCAAGUACACGGACUACACACCUUGUCAGGAGCAAGACCGGGCGAUGAAGUUCCCAAGGGAGAAUAUGGCGUACCGGGAGAGACACUGUCCUCCAGAGGAGGAGAAAUUGCGCUGCCUAAUACCUGCUCCCAAGGGAUAUACUGCACCAUUUCCAUGGCCAAAGAGUCGUGACUAUGUGUACUAUGCUAAUGUUCCGUUUAAGAGUUUGACGGUUGAGAAAGCUAAUCAGAACUGGGUGGAGUAUCAGGGCAAUGUUUUCAAGUUUCCAGGUGGCGGAACCAUGUUUCCACAGGGCGCUGAUGCGUACAUCAAUGAGCUAGCUUCGGUUAUACCAAUAGCUGAUGGCUCGGUCAGAACAGCGCUCGAUACAGGAUGCGGGGUUGCAAGCUGGGGAGCAUAUAUGCUGAAGAGAAAUGUGUUGCCUAUGUCAUUUGCACCCCGGGACAAUCACGAAGCACAAGUACAGUUUGCUUUGGAGAGAGGCGUGCCAGCUGUGAUUGGGGUUCUUGGGACAAUGCAUCUUCCAUACCCAUCGAGAGCCUUUGAUAUGGCACAGUGCUCAAGAUGUUUGAUUCCAUGGACGGAAAAUGAGGGAAUCUAUUUGAUGGAAGUUGAUCGAGUUCUUCGACCAGGAGGAUAUUGGGUCCUGUCUGGUCCUCCCAUCAACUGGAAGACUUACUACAAGACGUGGAAACGAACUAAGCAGGAUCUCCAGGCCGAGCAAAAGAGGAUCGAAGAUCUUGCUGAAAGCCUUUGCUGGGAGAAGAAGUACGAGAAGGGUGAUGUUGCUAUCUGGAGGAAAAUGUCGAGUGAUGAAAACUGCAGUAGCAAGAAGUCUGUCAACUUGUGCAACUCUGCUGAUGCUGAUGAUGUCUGGUACAAGGAAAUGGAGAAGUGCAAAACCCCUUACCCUGAAACUGGAGGUGGCAGCGAGGUAAAGAAGUUCCCAGAGAGGCUUUUUGCUGUGCCUUCCCGCAUAUCGGAUGGACUCGUGGAUGGAGUGUCAGCAGAGUCUUACCUAGAGGACAAUAAGCUCUGGAAGAAGCGUGUAAAGGGUUACAAGAGAAUCAAUAGGUUGAUUGGCACAGGAAGGUACAGGAAUGUGAUGGAUAUGAAUGCCGGGCUUGGUGGAUUUGCGGCAGCACUUGAAUCUCCCAAGUCCUGGGUGAUGAAUGUCGUGCCUACGAUCCAGAAGAACACUUUGGGUGUUGUUUAUGAACGAGGGUUGAUUGGAAUAUAUCAUGAUUGGUGUGAGGGAUUUUCUACUUACCCAAGGACGUACGACCUUAUUCACGCGGACCACUUGUUUAGCUUGUACAAGAACAAGUGCAAUCUUGAAGACAUACUUCUGGAAAUGGACAGAAUUCUGCGCCCCGAAGGCACAGUGCUGAUAAGAGAUGAGGUCGACGUGCUGAACGAGGUGAUGAGCAUUAGCAACGGCAUGAGAUGGGAUACCAGAAUGUUGGAUCAUGAAGAUGGCCCCCUUGUCCCAGAGAAGAUAUUGGUUGGUGUGAAGCAGUAUUGGGUUGGCAGCUCCAAUAGCAACAGCACAGAAACUGAUGAACAAUAGACCAGACAGAAAAAAGAAGAAGAAGAAGAAGCAUAAACUGCUCUGUGAAUCUGAAAAGACCGAAACUUUGAUCGAAAGAACGUACGAACAAUACCACGAAAAUGGUAAGAGAGCUGCCAGAAUUCAGGAUUCCUAGCAGUGAUUCAAUUAGUGUGGAAGCAAAUGAUGCAGGAGAAGGGGGAAACGCCGUUCGUCUGGGGCAUAUGCAUAGUUAAUUUAUUCGAUUGUUUGAUUUAUAUAUGCAGUAGAUGUGACUUGGGAACUAUGUUGGAUACAAUUACACAUCAGAAUUGAUUUGCCUGAAUGUUGUCUUAGUGGUAGCUGCCCAAAGUGGGUUAGUAUCAAUCAUGAAAGCUCUGAAUUUUCUUCAUAUAUGUCUGCUGUGAACUACUCAGUUUUUGUAUUAUGCAUUGCCAAGUAAACUCAUCGUCGGUUGAUGUACUCUCGCAACCAAAAACAGGAAGCUUGUUGGAGUGGACCAAUUGAAGAGGUUGAGCUGGCAAAUUUUUGGCUCCCAC